AUGCGGAUUGUACGAAUAAAGAGAAAUCGCCUAAUGAACAUUUUGAUUGGGGUUGCCUUGCUCUUAUUGAUUCUAUAUGCAUUGUAUAUUUUUACAUUGGAUAAUCAAGCAAAAACGUUAAAAGAAUACUGGACUGAUGGCCUUAAAAAUAAACAGCAUCCAGUACUGAUAAAGGAUUUGGGAAAUUUUGAACCCAGAAAUUUACCUGUUAAAUCGGGACCUGGUGAGGGUGGAAAGCCUCACAUUUUAAGGGAUGAUCAACAGAACGAUGUACAGCAAUCAGAAUCUGAUUAUGGAAUGAAUAUGGUUUGCUCCGAUGAAAUAUCCUUGGACAGAUCAGUUCAUGACACCAGGCCUGCAGAAUGUAAACAUUGGAAUUACCCUGAUGAACUCCCAAAAACUAGUGUUAUCAUAGUGUUCCACAAUGAAGGGUGGUCAGUCCUAAUGCGAACAGUACAUAGUGUUAUCAAUCGCACACCUCCUCAAUUCCUGGAGGAGGUUUUGUUAGUCGAUGACUAUUCAGAUAAAGAUAAUUUAAAGGAUGACUUGGAAACUUAUAUUGAGAGAUGGGGUGGAAAGGUUCGCUUAAUCAGAAAUCAGGAGCGGCAAGGAUUGAUAAGAACCAGGUCUCGGGGAGCUCGAGAAGCUAAGGGUGAAGUUAUUGUUUUCCUAGAUGCUCAUUGUGAAGUCAAUAUUAAUUGGUUGCCUCCGCUCUUGGCUCCUAUUGCUGCUAAUAGCAACAUUAUGACAGUACCCAUAAUAGACGGAAUUGACCACAAGACUUUUGAAUAUCGACCAGUUUAUCAAGAAGGCCAUCUCUAUAGAGGAAUCUUUGAGUGGGGAAUGUUAUACAAGGAAAAUGAAUUGCCUAGACGUGAAUCUAAAAUGCGUCCGUAUAACAGUAUGCCUUACAAGUCACCUACUCAUGCGGGUGGCUUGUUCGCCAUUAAUCGCAAAUAUUUCUUAUCGCUCGGUGGAUACGAUGAGGGUCUGCUUGUUUGGGGUGGAGAGAAUUUUGAAUUAUCCUUCAAAAUUUGGCAAUGUGGUGGUAGUAUAGAGUGGGUACCGUGUUCUCACGUAGGUCACGUGUACCGUGGGUUUAUGCCUUAUACGUUUGGUAAGUUGGCACGAAAAAAGAAGGGUCCUCUUAUUACCAUUAAUUACAAGAGGGUCAUUGAAACAUGGUUCGAUGAGAAACACAAAGAGUUUUUCUAUACUAGAGAACCACUGGCUCGAUUACUCGAUCAUGGCGAUAUUACGGAGCAGUUAGCAUUUAAGGAACGGAUGAAAUGUAAAAAUUUUCAAUGGUACAUGGAUAACGUCGCCUACGACGUCCUUGAUAAGUUCCCGGAAUUGCCUCCGAAUAUUCACUGGGGAGAGCUGCGAAGUGCAGCCACUUCUGCAUGCCUCGACACAAUGAGUCACGCUCCGCCAAGUCUUAUAGCCACUUCGCAUUGUCAUGGUUUCGGUAAUAAUCAGCUCAUGAGACUAAAUGCUAAGGGUCAAUUGGGUGUCGGUGAACGAUGCGUAGAAGCAGAUGGUCGGGGCAUAAUAUUGGCUUUUUGUAGAUUGGGUACUGUGGAUGGUCCAUGGCAGUAUGACGAAAAAACAAGGACACUCUUGCACAAGGUUUACAAGAAGUGUAUGGCUCUUCAUCCACAAACACAACAAUUGUCUUUGAUGCCGUGUGACAUAAAUAACACCUACCACCAGUGGACCUUCCAUCAAAUAAAUCCACGUUGGUGAAGGAUUGACUAUGAUUCGAUGGCAUCAUUUUUAUUUUAAAUCUGCAAGAGAAGUCGAGGUAUUCUUUACUUGUAUAUGCGUGCCGCCAAUGGUGAGUAAAAUUUCGUUCUCGAAAAAAAUUGGUUUCGUAAAUCGACGAUGGGCUAAUUGAAUAAUUUUGGAAAGUGUCACAUGAUUUCUACUAGACAUUUUAAGUAUGAAUUUUGAAACGCCCGCUCUUUGUAAACGCGCACAACGGAACUUAUAGACUGUUGCAUUAUGUAUUUUUUAAAGCGUGAUUCCAUCCAUCAUUUUUUAUUAACAAUGCGUUAUACAUUCCACAUGGACUUUUGAAGAUUCAGAAUAGUUUCAAUCAGGAACGGGUAUUUCGUGACUUUGAGGUCGGACAAAGAACGUAUAUCGAAUCGAUAUCAGGUUCGAAAAGCAUAUUCAUAGUGAUGAAAGAGAUGAAUUCAUAGGGGGAAUGAAAAAAAUCUUACAAUCAAGUCGUAGAUUACGAUAGCAUGUAAUGAAUCGCGAGCUGCCUAAUCUUUUUUGUGUAUGUUUAUAAUCUGGAUCCAAUUCAUCUGAAAUAACAUGGUAAUAGCACUUUUUACCUUUCAAAACAUAGCUCUCAGAAGACAUUAUCAUAUUUAAAUCUAUGUCUAGAUCACGGUCUUGUAUACAGGUCUGGACAUUUCCCUAUCCUCACCACGUUAUAGCUUGUAACCGCUAAUGUGGCCGGUUUUGCCCGCAAACGCUAGUGUCGAAGAAGUCUGUUGACUGACUGACAUAGCGCAGCUACCAGGUACUAGGCUCUUUCAACACUAACGCCUCUUGCGGCAGUUGACACCGUAUUGCCACGCGUUUUUCGCCUAAGUGCCCAGACCUGUAUACAAGAAGAUUUCAUCUAUUUAGAACAGGUUGGACAGCUCGAAUACAACCUUACAGCCAAUGAUCAAAGGAGAAAAAGAAUUGAAGAGUAUAUUUCAAAAUCUCGUCAAAUUCUUUAUCCCGUAUAUAUGAACAAUAGUAUUAUAACUGCAAACGUUAUGGGUGCUAAGUAUCCGUGAAAACUUUGUAAUCUCUUUUUUGUAUUACCUGAAACGAAUCGAAACGAGCAAAUUUCAGACCGAUACGCUUUAGCGGGUAGACGAAAAUGUCUACUUUCUGUCCGCUAAAUUAGUUGCUGACUUCAUUUCAUCCCUGUUAGAAUCGAAUUUGUUUAUUGUAAGCUUCUGAAUGUUGGUUGAUUCUAACCAUCAAUCUAACCAUCUGUCAUUCUAACCAUCAAACAAUCUGACAAUUACAGUUGUUAUUUGUUGUAGCGCAAUCGUUCUGAAAUUGUCUUGUUUCGACUGGUUCUAAACAUUAAAACUCCCAGUUUCAACGCGAAUAAUAUGAAAAAUAUAGUGUGUGACACGGGAUGAAACGCGAUUUCAGACUUCAGGUGAUGUCAGCUCUCGCUUACGGCUCGGGCAGCCACUUCACUUUAGUCUGAAAUCGUUUUGUUUCAUCUCUUGUCACACAAUAUAAUAUUGUUUACAUUGGUAGUGACAUUAUUGAUGACAAAAUGCUAAGUUUACUGUCUUUAUUAUAUUGUACUAGCUUCUAGAGGUCCCUCGCGAGGCCUUCGGUACUGUUUCGUAUCUCUUUUUGUGAAAAGUACUUUUGCCGGGGACAAUGAUCAAAAAUAUUUGAAAAUAUCUAUAUCGAUGAUUAAGGCUACCUGAAUGUUGAGAAUUAGGAUCCGGAAUUUAGGAUGUUUUAAAUUAAGAUAUUUGGUCAUAAGAAAAAAUGAUUCAAGAUACCAAAUCAUCAAAAACAAUAGCCGGAACUAAACACCAAUAUUGGAAUAUUCAGGAAUAUCGUAACGAAUACCUAUGUAUACAAGUGCGAGAAAGCGAACUUUAUAGGCAGGCGGUGAAGUUGGUCGCAUGAGCCGCACACGAGUAACACAACGGUAGCAGUUAGUUUUAAGAAACAAUUGCCGAGCACGUGCGAGCGAAUCAAGAAGGUCCGAAAUUUUGUCAGACAGAAUGAAAUUCAGUGAAAAUUCUUACAAAAACAAUUGACUCCCGGGGGGAUAUGCGAACGGUAUCACAAUAAUUUUCGUUUAAUGACAAUAAUAUUUAUGAACAAAGGGGUUAAAGGGUAUUAUACAUAUUUUAUAUUACUGUCACAAUCGUUUGAACUGGUUUCAAAAGUGAUUGACUUAUUACUUGAUAUUAUUAUUUAUAUGAGAUGCAAAAAUUGUAAUACUGGACAAUCGGUCUCUAAAUACAUGAUACAAGUGGACAAGGCAUGAUCAUUAAAAAUGUGCAUUUGGACAAUUUUGUUUAUAUAAUUGAGGCAUUUUUUUUAUUUGAAGGCAAGAAGUCCUGUCCACUUGUAUCACAAUCAAAUGUUCUUUCCGCUUUGACCUUUAUGGAAAUAUUGCUCUUCGUUAAGCGCCAAGUGUCACACUAGCUGCAAAGAAAGGGGCACGUUGACAUUACAGAGCUCGUGACAUUCGCGAGAUUAUGACAGUGUAUUGUAAGAAAAUGAAUAUUUUAUUAAAAUAAAAUCGGUUUUUUAAUAA